UAAAAUGAAAUGAUUCGGGUAUAAACGUGGAAUCUGUCGGCUCACUUCGUGAACUAUCGUAACGUAUAUAUCAACUCGCGCUUGAAUUUCUCUAACAUUUUCAGAGGACGGUAAGAUGCAGACCCUCCCGUAUUUGUCAACAGUGCGAAAAUUAUAGCAGCGGAAAUAAACCUAAUACGACAUGGAAGUUAGGCCACAAGGAAGCUCAAGACUAUUUUUAACAAGUUUCGUGGAAAAUAAAGACGAUUUAGAAGAGAAACUUGAAAGAAGUUACCAAUUUCUUCAGAGCAUUAUCUCAGGACUGAGCGAUAAAGAUGCACAUGAAGCCCUUAAUAGAGCCUUGUCUAAAGAAAAAGGUUAUGAAGAUGUGUCACUUGGACUUCUGGUGUCAAUAUUAUCGGACCCACAUAGUGCUACAAAAAGUUAUAGAGACUUAACUUUAAUUACUCGUGACGGUUUUGGACUGAUAUUAGUGAAUUUAACACAAUUAGUGGGUGAAAGAUAUUUGAAAUUCAACGAUGUGGUGAAAUCUCAACUAAUAUGGCUAGUGAGAGAAAUGAUAAAGAAUGCAGUGAAUGGAGUGGAUAAUUUGUGUUGGAAUUUGAUGAGACAUGCAGCUGGUGGUGAUGUAUCUCCAAAAAAUCUUACGCUUACAGAGUCUUUAUUAGAUGUUUUUAUCGAGUAUAGAGGAUGGUUAGAUAAAUUUCCGUUUCUAGUUGCCUCAGUUGUAUAUAAUUAUCUACGAUUGAUAGAAGACCAUAAUGCGCCUUCUCUGAUAAAUUUGAGACAUAAGGAAGUCGAUUUCAUUGUGAGUUUGAUAAGAGACAAGUUUACAGAAUGUUUAGUGAUUGGACGAGACCUAGUAAGACUUUUACAAAACUUAGCUAGAAUACCUGAAUUUGAACAAUUGUGGAGAGAUAUUUUGUUAGCACCAAAAUCAUUAAGCCCCAACUUCUCAGGUAUCUUACAACUCUUACAAACUAGGACUUCUAGGAGGUUUUUACAAUCACGCUUAACUCCAGAGAUGGAAAAGAAAUUGGUAUUUUUAACCUCCCAAGUUCGAUUUGGGAAUCACAAAAGAUAUCAGGAUUGGUUUCAGCGUCAAUAUCUGGCUACUCCUGAAUCCCAGAGUCUUAGAUGUGAUAUUAUCCGAUUUAUAGUCGGUGUGAUACAUCCUACCAAUGAAUUAUUAUGUUCAGACAUUAUUCCUAGAUGGGCUGUUAUUGGUUGGUUAUUGACUACUUGUACUUCUGCCGUUGCUAUGUCUAAUGCUAAGUUAGCUUUGUUUUACGACUGGCUCUUCUUUGACAGUGAUAAAGACAACAUAAUGAAUAUCGAACCAGCCAUUCUCGUUAUGUAUCACUCUAUGCGUUCACACCCUGCAGUUUCUGCAACUUUGUUAGAUUUUCUAUGUAGAAUCAUAAGUAAUUUUUACCCACCCUUAACUGAUAAGGUGAGAGGUGGCAUAUUUUGCUCCUUAAGACAAAUUUUAGAUAAAAGAGUUCUUUCCUGUCUGUUGCCUUUGUUCGAUAACCCCAAGUUAGAUCGAGAUUUAAGGAUCAUGGUGAAAGAGACUUUCAAAGAAUUUUUCAGUGCACCAACCCCAGAAACCUCUUCUAAACCUGAAGAAUUUAACAUGGGCAACAUGAAUAAAUACGAAGAUAACGAAAGUGAACCGAGACCAAACCACUUAAACUUGAACCACCUUCUUGACAACGAACCAGCUUUUAGCGACGAUGAGGAGGAACUGACUAUAGCUAUAAAUCCACCAGAGGAAGAUACCGAUGAUGACGAUAUACCAUUAUCCGAGGUAAGAUUGAAAAAGAUUGUUGAUAAGGACGAUAGUUUGAUAGAAGGUCCAUUGGGUGAGACGCUAUCGAAGCUACAUCAAGAAGUCGACGUCGUCAAACGUUGUGCUGUGAUGGAGUCUCUUGUCAAACAAGUGAUCGAUCUGGAUAGUGAAGAUGAAAACUUACCGUUGAUUGCGAGGUCUAUCUGUAACGCCAUCAAAGACGAUUUCCGCGAAGAAAUUUUUCCGUCGGUAGUUAGUAGUGAGGCUCUCUUAGACAGUAUUAAAUUACCUUUAUUUGUGAUAUACAAAGUUUUGUAUUCGUUCACGAGACAAGACGAUACGGGUAAAAAUACACUUUAUAAGUUGAUCGCUGAGAUGUCUACACACCAGAACAAUUUAGGAUACCUUCUAUUGUAUUAUUUGAAAGUGCAAAUUAGGACAGAGAAUAAAAAAGAAGAUCAAACUAAGGCUAGUGCGCUCAAGACAAGCGUGUACAAGGAAUACUGUCAGUCUAUUGAUAAAAAGUUGGAGUAUUGUUUGUUUGACGAUCUGAACAAUGCGCACAUGACUGAGAACAAGUUGAUGAUGUGGAUAGUGCCUGAUCUAUAUCGGGACUUCAAACAGCAGACACUCAACAAUGCUCAGAUAGUACACGUCAUUUUGUCUACCGUCGACUCCAGGCAGUUUCAGACUUUGGUGGGGAAAGUGCUCCAAGGUCACUUGUUGAUGUUCAAAAGCGAAAACAUCUUGCCCUUGCUGAAGGCUAGCCUGUCCUGGGAGAGCAUCGAGCAGCUCUUCUUCUGGCAACUCAUAGACGCCCACAACAUCUCCAUAGACGUCAUCCUACCCCUCAUCACCAGCCUGGACUACGAUCAACAUUCUGAAGCCUUAACAGCCAUUACGCUUAUGCUGAAACAGGAGAAACCAAAUGCGGACUACAUCAAGUGCUUGUUCUCAAGGGACGUAAGUGAUAACGGUGAUCAUUUCAUUUUCACUAUUAUCAAGUAUUGGUGUGAUGAGUACAUUGACAAAGUGGCAGAACUUAUAUCUUCCCUAUUAAGUACCAGGUACCCCUCAACGUCGCCAAAUAAAAGAAAAAGAUCGGGAACGAAAACUAUUAGUGCAACUGUGCCGAGUUCGGAUCAUGUGCUAGGACAUUUAGAGCAACUGAGGAUAAUCUGUGAGAGACACGACUGCAUGGCUAUCUACACCUUGGAUUCCAUGCAGAGGGCACUGAACAUCGCCCAACUGAACAGUACGGACAGUCAGAAGAGACAGUUUAGUGAAUUGUUCGCGUUGAUGGAAGAAGAAGAGGAGAUCAGUUCAACCAAGAGGACCCAUGGUAGGGGCAGAAAACCAGCAACGAAGCCUGUUUUGAAGAGGCCCAUAACCAGAGACCUUUCAGGCUCCUCCGAUGAAAGUAGCGAGGAGGAGGAGAUCGUGAAGCCAAAGCAAGCGAAGAAGAGAAAAAAAGUGAUGUCCGACAGUGAUUGACCUGACCAUCACGCCGCAAACAACACCCCCGAAUGGUACUUUUGUCAGCCCUCGGAGAUAACGAGGGUUAAGGAAGACGAACGUCAUAUCAGCUUUAACCUAUGUGAUUCCAAACUUGCAAUUUACGCGUUGCAAAAGAGGUUAACAUUAUGAAGAUGUUUAAGAAACGGUGCGACAUGACUCACUGCCGUAACUAUACGAGUAUUGGAUGGUCCCCGUAAGAUUUUUUGGGGGUUUGGGAGCAAAUUUUCAAGGCUUCGAUCGAGAUGGUUUUCAAGAAAUUUUUCGUGAAAUAUUCGAAUUGUUCCAAUCGUCCGCUGGAUGUCUAUCAGAUAUCACCCUCGAACCAAUGUUUAUUUUGAUUUACUAACGUUUCAAGAAUGUUGCUGCAUACUUUUAGCUAUUAUGAAAUGAACUGGACCAAUUUUUUUUCAAUUAUUUCUCAAAUUUUUUAUAAGAAAAUGAAGUAUGCAGUAGCUCAUUUUUGUUAUUCAAUUCAUUAUAGUUAUUCAAAGAUUCGAAACUAUCAAUCAAGUGAAAAAAUUGUAUAUCCUGCCAAAAUAUCCUAGCAUCAUUUUUUGAAUAUCUUAUGUCAUUGUUGUUUGAAUUUCUAAUUUUGGUUCUUCAAUUCUUCAUAUUGUUGAAAAAGAUCAGAGUAAUUAAAAGUGUUUUUAUUUUUAAUUUCACUAAUGCGUUUGAGAUUUCAAUAGCAAAUUAACUGAAAACAAUCAUGAAUGAUGGACGAUCCCCUUGUUAGGUAUCACUAAAUUUCACAUAUUCAAUGGUAAUUGAAAGAGUUUCUGUUCAGAGAAAUAUGAAACCGUAAUUAACGCAAAAUAAAUUUUUCAUAUUCAGAUAUAAUAUAUCGAAGAAUUUAUGUUGUCUCCAUUCUUAUUAUUUUUCUGACAGUAAAAUGAAAUUGUUCGAUAUUAGUUUUCGUUUUAAUCUUUUCCUUUUAUUUUUCAAUUUGAAGGGGGGGUUUUGAAGUUUGAGCUAUUAUUGAAUUGAUAAUUUUGACUUAUGAUUUCGCACUCAAUAAAUAUUUAAUGUUAUUAUAUUGAAUUCGAAAACAAAAUUUUUGCAAGAUUUUAUUUUUCAAGAAUUGUUGGAAUAAUAAUUAGCUUAUUUAAUUUAUUUGUACCGAUUGAAUUUGCUGCCCAACGUUACAACAAAAUCAUCUGGGACCAGACAGAUAGACUAAAUGAUGUCUUGGAAAAUGUACCUUAAUUUUGGUGAAAAUCAAACUAAAUUGAUUUUUUUGAAUUUUUUUUUUCUAAUUUUCCGACUAAGAUUCUUUCUGUAGUAUACAUUUUUUAUUUGUGUACAUAUUUAUUGUUAAAGAUAGUUGCCCUUUCUUGUUAGUUUCUUUGGGAUAUUGUGAAAUACAUUAUGAAUUUUUAAGCAAAAAUGUAAAUUGAUUAUAAUGUUUUAUUACAGAAGGAUGUGUAAAUAGAAAUUUGUAAAUAUAUUUAUAAAGUGCUA